AUGGAACACACAGCUGUAAUUUUCAUUGAAAAAUGUACGCCUAAUACAUUAAUUGAAUUUAAAGAUAUUAUCUCCCAUAGUAUUAUAAAAAAUUUAGAGAAUUGGUCCUUAGAAUUCCGUACAUAUCGAAGUAUAUUUAAAGAUAAGAAAAAUCCUAAUAAUAAUUCCUUAUUAUAUUCCAUCAAUCUCACACAAUUUAAUAAAACUAUUUUAAUUAAAGAUGGUGAAAUAAUACUAAAUACUGUAAAUUUUAAUGAUAUUCCAAAAGAAUUAUUAUUUAAUGGCUGUAACAAUGGAAGCUCCAUGAGCAUUGAUAAAUUGAUUACAAACAAAUUAAGUAAUAUGUGGAGCAAUAGACAAUCAAUUAGAGGUGAAAAUGGUGAAAGUUUCGUAUGUAAUAAUAAAUUAAUUGUUAGAAUUAUUAAUUUAUUUAGUUUAACUGGAUUCAAAGGCAUGCUAAUUGAGAUCGAAAAUUAUGAUAAAAAAAUGGAAACUCAAGAAUUUAAUAAUCAUGUUGAUAAAAUUUGUGAAUUUUUAAAUGAUAUAAAAGUUAAAGAUUAUAAGAUAAAUAAAGAUAGGACAGACGAGGAUGAAUUUUUAUGUGAUCUUGGUCAACAAUAUGUAUCAGUUUUAGAAUAA